AUGGCCAGUCAUAUCAUUGGGAAUCGCAACAGCACUCCCGAGGCUUCCAAUUCGACUCUUCGUCCACCCUCCUCAUCUCGGAAUCUCGGAUCGCACCAGCUGCGGGCAUCGGCAGACAUGUCCGGAUUUCCCUCGCCGCUGUCCGCCCGAAGCAUCCGUCCCUCAUCGGAGGUGUUUUUCAACCAACAAUCUCAGGGCCAGAAUGCGACGGAGGAUGCUUUGGAUCGUGCUGCCCAACAGUGGCUCGCCGACAUUGAUCAAAAUGAGACCACAUUGGAGGAAAUGGCAGCUGCCACCCUUGACCAGGAUUUCAAGGAUGAAUUAAGCGCCAUCGAGCAAUGGUUCCGCGUGCUGAGCGAAGCCGAGAGGACCGCUGCCCUAUAUGCAUUGCUUCAGCAAACCACUCAGGUGCAGAUUCGAUUCUUCAUCCAAGUUCUGCAGCAAAUGUCUCAGGGUCACCCGAUGUCCGGCUUACUCUCGCCUGCGAACUUUGAUGCGAUGUCUAGCCGUAUGAGCGACGCCAUGUCGAAGCUCAACAUGGACCCCUCCCGGAACUCUCUUGGACGCCCCCCGCCAUCCCCUGGCGCAAAGCGCAACUCUGGCCUCGACCCUUCGACGAUCAAUGCGAUGUUCCCGGAUGCUGCUGCGGCUAUCGCUAAGAAGAAGGCCGAGUUCACCCAGCAAACUGGUAAUGCACCUCCCUCAAACCGCAACAGCGCCGUCUUCGACCGUAACUCCUUUGUCGCUCCCACCAUCUCGGCGCCGGACAACAACUCGGACAGCCUGGGCCAACCGCCCGCUUCCCCCUGGGCUCAGCGGGUCUCUGACACCCAGCCUCCCAUUGCGCGCCCCAAGUCAUCCUCCGGGCACCAGCCUAUGGGCCAGUUCAGCCAGCCCUCAGGCAUGCGUUCGCCCCUCCCGCAAACCGCCAAUGUUCCUGCAAAUGACAUCGAACCCCCUUUGCUUUCGCCUUAUAACGUUGGAAACCACAGCUGGGCUUCGAUGACUAACACCCCGAUGACUGCCACUUUCGGCCAACAGUCGCACCAAAAUCCAAACAACCAUGCUGACAUGGUUGCUAAUGCCACGGCAAUGAAGCUGGCAGCUUUGUCGACGGUCAACAACCGUAUUGCUUUGGAUGAUGCGCGCAAGUAUCGCCGUUCUCGUUCCAAUGACGCACAGGGCAGAGCUUCUCACGGCAACCCAAGCAUCAACCAAGGAUUGGCUAGUCCAGGCCUUGGUGGCCAACACUUGGUUGCCGGUCAGCUUCUCAACAACCAGCAGCUGGUCGCCCUGCAAGCCCACCAACAGGCGGCCAUGGCCGGCAGACGGUCCCGCCCCAACUCCCCCGGCAUUGCUAUGCAGGGCGGUGGCUUGACCCCGAUGGGAUUCACCUCCCCUCAGAACAAUGGGUUCUUGGCGGCCUAUGAUCCGAACAACCCCAUCAUGGGGAAUGGCAUGGGUUCGCUCAACAUUGGCCAGUUUGUUGGUAGUGAAGGCUACCUAUCGGAUCACUCUGAGGUUGCACGGGGUCGCUCUCCUCGGGGUCGCCGAGGCAGCUCCAAGCCUCCUGAGGACCCUACUGACAUCUCCCUUCUGAAGGACAUCCCCAGCUGGCUGCGAUCCCUCAGGCUGCACAAAUACACAGACAACCUUAAAGAUCUGCAGUGGACAGAGCUGGUUGACUUGGAUGACAAAGCUCUUGAGGAUCGCGGUGUCAAUGCCCUUGGUGCACGUAAUAAGAUGUUGAAGGUCUUUGAGCAGGUCAAGGAGGCCCGCGUCGACGGCAAAUUUGAAAAUCUUGUUUAA